AUGGAGGCCGCCGCCGAGGACCUCCUCGCCGCCCUCUCCUCCCCGAGCUCCGGCGCCGGGCUCCGCUCCCGCUUCUCCGCCUACCUCCAGCCCUUCUCGCCCCAUCUGCCCGGCGCGAACCCUAACCCCACCAACCCGCCGCCGAAGAGGGCGACGAAGCAGCCCAAGCAGCAGCCGCCGCCGCCGCCUCCCGACGCGGCCGCCCUUCGCCCUCUCGCGAAGCGCUUCCUCCCGUUCCUCUGCCGCGCGCUCCACCUCCUCCCGCCGCUCCUCCGCCCGAACCCUAGCUCGGCCGACGCCGACGAGCUGCUCGAGAUCUACGGCCUCGUCCUCGACUGCCUGGCGGCCAUCUCCGCGUGCCUCGCCGGGAAGCCCUACGCCGUGCUGCUCCAGCGCGGCCACUUCGUGUGCUGCCUCGAGUCGCGCGGCCACUACGCGCGCGCCGAGGCGGAGGCUGCCGCCACCCUCGACGCCCUCCGCCACGCUCUCUCGCCAGCGCCCACGGCCGCCAAGCCUCGCCGUGGGGCCGCCAGUGCGGCUCCCCUCCUCCCCGACCCUGGCGUUGCAGGGGAGGCUGGAGCCGACCCUGAAAUCAGCACACUGGCCAUUGAGCUCACCGUCUGCCUUGCUAACUGUGCCAGCAAGGGCAAGGUCAAGGAAGGGGCCCCAUACGAACGGGUACUCGUCCUCGUUGAGCAGAUCCGGCCAUGGCUCCGGAUUCUAACUGAGGAGUCCAGCAGGAAGUAUCUCACCCUGUUUGUGAAUGCACUGAGCCGCUGUGCCAUUUUCCUGGCUGCCGAGUCCUCAUUUUUCAACUCUAACCUUGUUCGCAAAUUCUGUCUUGCAACAUUAGACGAGUGUGAUAAGGCGCAAAUGAUGGAACGCUUGCCCCCUGUUGCACGCAGGAUUUGUUCUGCUGUCGAUUUGAGUCGGGUAGGGAGCAUGGAGCUUUUGCAUGACGUGUUGAAGACUGCUCUUGAAUCUGUGUUACGUGUCAAGGUCGAAUUGCCUAAAGCUGUAAAUGAACUCCUAGAAUUUGUAGCAUAUUUUUCUCGGAGCUAUCUCUCUUCAAAUAAGGAUUUACAAGUUAAUGCUUCAGAACUACUUUACGUACAAGGUGGUUAUCUUUCUGAGAUUUCCCCUCCCAUGGCCUCAGUUCUCCAUCUUUAUGCUACUGGAUUACAUUUCAGUUUGCAGCAAAUAGAAAGCGAAGGUCACCCCGCUAUAUCAGUGGAUUUUCCCAAGAAUGAAAAGAAUCUACAAACUUUGAACAGUGCACUUGGCACACUCGCACGGAUUUUCUGUGUCACCGAUGGCAAAUCCAGUCAACGUGAUAGUUUGGGGAAAUAUGCAAGUCCACCAUCAGAUGCGGGACACCCCAAUAAGAAACACAGCUAUAGUUAUUCUGAGUCGCACGAGUAUAUUUAUUUUGUGGCAUAUUUUGAUGCUUUGGAGUUCGUUUGCAAGAUACUAUUGCAGCAUGCAAAUGCAGUUUGGAAGAACUUCUCUGAAGGAAAAACAGUCCCCAAUUCGCGAAACAUGACAUGUAUCUUUAUGGCACUGGAUCAAUUCAUUGAUUUCAGCCUUAUUGCUUAUAGUUGUACGAAAAGGUCUGAAGAAGAGAAGGAGAGAUUGCAUGAACAACGUGGAACCUUACUGAGAGCCCUCGUUUCAGCAAUCAAAAUUUCCUUUAUGACCAACAAGGCUAUCCAGAAGAGCUUGGCUUCUAUCAAUCGCGCCAUUUCAAGUACAUGGAUAAAGCUCGAAGAUUUCAAUUUUUUGAUCUCUUCUAUCUUUAACAUUGGUGUGACACUUUACAAUAUUGGGCAUCUUGAAGAGGCCCCAAAGGCAUUAGAACUAUGCUGUCAAACAACAUGGGCAUACGCCAGCCUUUCUUACAGUAGACUAUCAGCAACAAUGGAAGGUCACAUUGUCACUGAGGAUCUACCAGAAGAUACACUGAAUGAUAUCAUUACCAAUGCAUUUGCUAGGAUAACAAAGAUGGUUGACAUUCUCAAUAGAUGUGGCUCAAAAGUGAUACGUGAUAUUGUUGUGAAGAGCCUAUCUGAAUUGUUGGCUUAUGGUGACACAUCUGGUUAUCACAAAAGUUAUUUGGUUCUGAUCAAGUUAUGGGUGAAGAUAACACUAAAAGAUUUUGGGGAUGACCAAUGUGUUGAUAGUGCUCCGCUUCUCUAUCACUCUCUUAUGGGCUACCCGUCACCCUUGCCAAAGAAGUUGAUAGGCUUAAUCUUGGAGCAGGAAUUAUUCGCAUAUGGAGCAAUGGAAUCUCGUGCCACCAUGCUCUGUGCAAAUAUGCAAAAUAAAAUAAUAGACAUUCUCUUGAAUGAAAUAUAUUGUUCAAAAGAAUAUUAUCUGGACAGAUCAAAGGUUUUGGUUAGAAAGGCACGUGCACUCCGUGCAUCUGGGGUGCAAAACAUAAGCAGCUGUCUUGUUUGCUUGUCUGACGCCAUAUCUUUACUGAAAGGUGUACUGGAUUCAUCUCAAGGCAAUGCGAUUGUUAUCCAUGAAUUGGCUACUGCGUACUGCUUGCAUGCACAUUGUGCCCAGGAGGCAAAUUAUGGCGAGGAGGUAAUCUUUGAUGGUGUUAGGAGUGCUGUUGACUUGUGGUCAAAGAUGGGUGCUUUGCAUCAUUGUUCUCCUGGUGAGAUCUUUGAACAGCUAUCAGAAACUCUUCUACCACUUCUUUGUUCUCUGGUUGAUUUACUGGCGAUGAAGGGCUGCUUUGAGCUUCAGUUUGAGCUGUGCAAGCUUAUCAUAAUGAUAUGGAAGGAAGAAAACUUACCCCUAGAAAAGUUAUUCUCCAUGUUAUUUAUCAACGGCCGCCUUAAUCAUGCAUGCUGUCAUCUCCCAAUGGACCAGAAAUUUGUUUCUUAUGUGGCACAGCAUCUUGGUGUUGAUUGCCACAAUACAAUAUUCUGGAGAAACUGUUUCAAAGGGGAUUAUCCUUCUCUUUCUAUGUUUCUUCAGCGGUUGUGGCCUGUUGAUUUCUUUUCUCAAUCAUGCGAACAAUCCUUUGAAAUUCAGUUUGGUCUCAAUGCUAGUGUUGAUGAGAUCGAUAAAGUUGCAUCAUCUCUGGUUUCUGAAGUUCCUUCGAGUAAUCAGUCAACCUAUCUGGCUGGCUGUAUAUACUAUGAUUUGUCCGAAAGACUUCUGUCAAGAGGACAACCUCUUCAGGCCAUUUCAUAUGGAAGGGAAGCCCUCCAAUUGCGCAAGAAGCUCCUAAAAAAGAAGUUCAAAUUUAAUUUGGGCAAGUUUAUAAGCAGGGAAAACCAAUGUUCUGGUGGGCAAGGCUUUGUUUCACUUGAAGCAUGGGGACCAACGAUGGCUGAAAUUUGGCCAGAUUGCACUAGGCGAAGCAGCAUGGGAGAUUCUUUCCUGACUCCAUGGAAUGUACUUAGGUGUUACCUUGAAAGCAUAUUACAGGUUGCUCAGAUGCAUGAAUUGAUUGGCGAUGGUGCUGAAGCAGAAGUUUUAUUACGGACUGGACGGGAGAUAUCAUGUUUCCAAGGACUACCAGUUUUUGCUGUUGUUUUUACAUCAGAAUUAGGUCAAUUAUACCGCAAGAGGCAGCUAUGGGAUGCUGCAGAGGGCGAGCUUAAAGAUGCUAGAAAGCUCCUUGCAGAUAAUGAUGAAUUCAUUUCAUGCAAGUCAUGCAAGUUGACACUAGAGAUAUCAGUUGAUGAGCAAUAUGGAGAUCUGUUUUGGAAUCUCUUUGAGAAAGACUUUCAGAAACGCUCAACAUGCAAUCUGUCUAAUGCUUUAGGCAUGUACCAAUCAGCGAUGAAGAAAUUGAAUGACACCUGUUCAGAAUUUUCUGCUGGGUCCACCAAUGAUAAACUUAAUACUAGUUGCAUCUUGUGCAGCAAAGAUUGUAUUGCAGAAACCAAGCGUGGAGCUUGUGAUCAUGGGAAAGAACCCAUAGCAGCCAAGGAUAGAGUGUUACCUACAUGUGCUCCUUGUUUCUUGUUCAGCCAUGCACCUAUUAACCAGUAUGAUGAGCUUGUGGGAUUAAAAUCCGAAAGGGGAAACUUGAAGAAUGCCGAAAGUGCUCCACCAUUGGAUAUUAAUGUUAAGAGGGCAUUCAGAACUUCACGUUUAGCUAAAGAACAGAAUGUGGCAGCUCGUGCACAGACUAGAACCACCAGAUCUAGUAAGCGAACUGCACAUGUGAAGAGUGAAAAAGGUUUAGCUGAACUGAAUAGUAAAAAUGACAUAUCUUGGAGCAACGUUUUGUCCACAGAUGCUUUGGUCUGUGGGACAAGCUGUUCUCUUUAUGGUGUUGACGGCAACAGAGAUGACAUGUGCAGUAUGUUUGGAUGUUGGAACUGCCUUUUUGUUAAUUCACUAAAUUUUGAGUGCAUUAAGAAUAUAUUGCAGUUCAGAAAAGACUGCAUUCGCCGACGCCAUCUUGUGUCACUUCUGUUAAAAACAGCAAGAGCCUUGGGAGCUCAGGGUGGAAAGCAUGGAGCUCAUGAAGUUCAUAGUAUCUACUGGCAGUGCAUAUCGUUGCUGUAUUUCAGAUGUCUUCCUCAAGGUUGUUAUACAACCUAUGGGCCUCAUUUAAUCGGAUUAAUCAUGAAUGUAAAUACUGGUGAUCUUCUUUCUUUAGAGUGUGCACAAAUACUAUAUAGUAUGAGUUUCUUUUUGCUGAAGGGUUCCCUUUCAGAACAGUCAAGGGAUGGUUGCUGCAGCCUCUCUAGUGUACAGAUCUCUCAUGUUGUUUCGUGGUUGCUGAAAGCUUUUGCGCUAUCUGGAGAGAGUCCUUCACUUCUUCAGGAGGUUUGUAGGCUACUUACAUGCAUAUUCUUACUCUCAACGAUAGAUUCCACUGUCCAAUUACCUUUGUUUUCCAAGGGAUUUAUCUCUUUGAAUCACUGGGCUGCAUACUUUCACCAAACUUCUGUUGGAACUUAUCUUGAUUGCAAUUACCUUGCAAGCUUACAAGUAUUGCCCAGAAAAAUAGAUAAGAAGUGUGUUGCUGGCUUUUUGGCAGGCAAGACAGACGAGGUUCCAAAGUUUUUAAGGUUUCCGUCGACAGACAUGGAACAACUUGAAAAACAUGUAACGAAAUUCUUCCAUGAACUUCCUGAUGUACCAAUUGUGUGCAUUAGUAUGCUUGGAGGUGAUAUUGUGAAUGUUCUCGGGGAAACACUUCUUCUCCCUUCCCUUUUUCCUGCUUGGAUGUUGAUCUCAAGGUUUGAUUCAACAAACAAGCCUACCACGAUGCUUCUACCAGUGGAUCCUAUUUCGAAAGAAGCACAUAAUGGAGACUCCCCUAUCAAAGAACUGGAUAAUGCAACUAGAGCAUCAGAUAAGAAAUGGAAUUGCCCUUGGAGCUACGCUAUUAUAGACUAUGUGGCUCCAACUUUCAAAAAGCUACUUGAGGAUAACUUUAGAUCCCUCUCUGGUUCAACCGACAUUCCAAAAGAUGGACAAGCAAAUGCCAGAAGAUGGUGGUCAGAUAGAAUGAAGCUCAACGGCGACCUUAACGAGAUACUGGAAAACAUGGAAGAAUUGUGGCUAGGACCCUGGAAAUGCCUUCUUCUGGGCCACCAAUUAGCUGACCAACACAGUGAGGGCGAGGCGGUGCUGGAAAAUUUAAUCACUGGUCUAGAGUCAGAAUUUAAGCUUGAAGUAGAUCAAGCACUCAUAAAGGUCAUCCUUGGCGGGGUUGCAUCAGUCGGUGAAUUGAAAGAAUGUGUUUCUCAACUUAUAUUAUACAAAGGUUACUUUGGCAGGGGAGGGUGUUGUGGAAGGGAUAGACUUAGAGCCUUCUCUUGCCAGAUUGAUGAUGAUGCACUGGUGAUCAUCGAGCAUUUGUGCAAUGGUAUAUUGACUGAGCUGGCUGGGCCAGUUGAUAGAAAACCAGUCAUUUUAGUCCUGGAUACUGAUGUGCAGAUGCUUCCUUGGGAGAACUUGCCUGCGUUAAGGAAUCAAGAAAUAUACCGCAUGCCAUCAAUGCGAAGCAUCUUUCGAGCAUUGACUAGAAGCACUAAUCAUCAGAAAAAUGCUAGUUCCAUAGCCCCUCCCUUUCCUGUUAUUGACCCUUUCGAUGCCUUCUAUCUGUUGAAUCCUAGUGGUGAUUUGGCCAGCACAGAAGAAGAAUUUGAUCAGUUGUUCAGAAACUACGAGUGGAAGGGAAAUACUGGGGGUGCUCCAACAGCUGAUGAGCUUGUCUUGGCCCUCAGGAACCAUGAUCUUUUUCUCUACUUUGGACAUGGAAGUGGAAGUCAGUAUGUCUCAGGAAAGGAAAUUGAGAAGUUAGAUAAUUGCGCGGCUGCUCUUCUUAUGGGUUGCAGUAGUGGGACACUUGAUUGCAAAGGAGGUUAUGCUCCUCAAGGGGCCCCUUUGUCUUAUUUAUUGGCUGGUUCUCCUUCCGUCAUUGCAAACCUCUGGGACGUCACAGAUAAAGAUAUUGAUCGAUUUAGUAAAGCAUUGCUCAAUUCAUGGUUGCAAGAAAAUUUGAUGGCCAACAAGGAUUGCCCGAAAUGUUGCCCAUUGGCACAAGAAUUUGAGUCCAUGACCAUUGCAGUGAAGGAUAAUGGUAAGCCAAGACGAAAAGGCUCGCGAAGUCGGAAGCAUCAACAGACAGUAGAGGUAGAUGACAGUAGUAACUGCUGUAAUUGCGGGCACAAGCGAAUAGCUUCGCAUAUAAGUGAAGCUAGGCGUGCCUGCAGGCUUCCACUUAUGAUUGGCGCAUCUCCUGUUUGUUAUGGUGUGCCUACUAUCAUCAGGAAGAAGUAAUGUCCGUGCUCUAAUGGGAGAUAAUCGAUAAUAGCAUGCUGUAGUUCUGUGCUUUGAGCCACUGAUUCCAGCCACAUGGCACUGACAGAAGACAUGGUAUUGCACAAGCUCAAAUGUGCUCAUAGCAUGCUUAUGCUGUCAUUUGUACUUGGCAGCGGAUGCAGGACUAACAAGACAACGAUGACCGGCACAUGCCCUCAGAUUUCUUUGUUUUAUUACUGGAUUGCUGACCCUGAAAUUCCAUCCAUUUUGAUGAGAUACAUGGGUACAUACGAGUUGUUAUUGUUAUACAUGUGCUUUAGAAAUGUAAUUCUGAGCACAGAUGUAAUAUUAUGUUCUGGGAAAGUAGCAUGUAGAGCAAAUGAACCUGCCCGAAGGCAAUCAGUAAUUGUUUGUAUGAUUCUGUACUACACUACAGUUCUUAGUCCUCUCUGUCGUAACAUACUGUAGCUGGCUCCACUGUAUGUUCUCAUUGUUGGAAACUGUUACUACCUC